AUGCCGUUCGGGGGGUUUGCCGGUCUGAAGGAGCGGGUGUUGAAUCCGGGGAAAGAGGAGGUGAAGAACACCGUGGGAGACUCUCUGGGAAACCUCCAGAGGAAAAUCGAUGGCACCAAUGUGGAUGAGGAGGACCAGAUUGAGCUGACGGAGGACGGACGUCCGGUGGUGGCCCCGCUCCGGGCCCCGCCCCUCCUGGACUGCGGCUGCUUUGGCCUGCCCAAGCGCUACAUCAUCGCCAUGCUCAGCGGCCUCGGCUUCUGCAUCUCCUUCGGCAUCCGCUGCAACCUGGGCGUGGCCAUCGUGGAGAUGGUCAACAACAACACCGUCUACAUCAAUGGGACCCCUGUUCUCCAGCCAGCUCAGUUUAACUGGGACCCAGAGACGGUGGGGCUGAUCCACGGCUCCUUCUUCUGGGGCUACAUCGUCACUCAGAUCCCUGGAGGCUUCAUCUCCAACAAGCUGGCAGCCAACAGGGUGUUUGGUUUGGCCAUCUUCCUGACGUCCAUGCUGAAUAUGCUCAUCCCCUCAGCAGCCAGGACCCACUACGGCUGUGUCCUGUUUGUCCGUAUCCUGCAGGGCCUCGUGGAGGGGGUAACCUACCCAGCAUGCCACGGGAUGUGGGCCAAAUGGGCCCCCCCCCUGGAGAGAAGUCGCCUCGCCACCACCUCCUUCUGCGGCUCCUAUGCUGGUGCGGUGAUCGCCAUGCCUCUGGCAGGGGUGCUGGUCCAAUACGUAGGGUGGUCUUCUGUCUUCUAUAUCUAUGGUGUGUUUGGGUUCAUCUGGUAUAUCUUCUGGCUGUUGCUGGCAUAUGGAAGCCCUGCAGAGCAUCCCACCAUCAGUGACGAGGAGAGGAUCUACAUUGAGACCACCAUCGGUGAGGGGGUAAAGCUUCUGAGUGCUACUGAGAAGUUUAAGACUCCCUGGCGUCGAUUCUUUACCUCCAUGCCCGUUUACGCCAUCAUUGUGGCUAACUUCUGCCGCAGCUGGACCUUCUACCUGCUCCUCAUCAGCCAGCCCGCCUACUUCGAAGAGGUCUUUGGUUUCCCCAUCAGCAAGGUGGGUCUCCUCUCUGCAGUGCCCCACAUGGUCAUGACCAUCAUUGUGCCAAUCGGGGGCCAGCUGGCAGAUUUCCUCCGCAGCAACAAAAUCAUGUCCACCACCAACGUGCGAAAAAUCAUGAACUGCGGAGGGUUUGGGAUGGAGGCCACCCUGCUGCUGGUGGUGGGCUUCUCCCACACGCGAGGCGUGGCCAUCUCCUUCUUGGUCCUGGCUGUGGGCUUCAGUGGGUUCGCCAUUUCCGGCUUCAACGUAAACCAUUUGGACAUCGCCCCUCGCUACGCCAGCAUCCUCAUGGGCAUCUCCAACGGGGUUGGAACCCUGUCUGGGAUGGUCUGUCCUCUGAUCGUAGGAGCCCUGACUAAAAACAAGACUCGUCUGGAGUGGCAACAUGUGUUUAUCAUCGCAUCCAUGGUGCACUACACCGGAGUGAUCUUCUACGCCAUAUUCGCUUCGGGGGAGAAGCAGGAGUGGGCAGACCCGGAGGACACCAGUGAGGACAAGGCCGGCAUCCUGGACGAUGACGAGCUGGCCGAGGAGUCGGAGCUCAACAGCAGCGCCUCCCUGGCAAACCAGAAGAGCUAUGGCACAUCGGAAACCAUCGUUGGCCGCAAGAAGGGCUGGAAGAAGAAUAGAGGCGUGACCAUGCAGGAGGACGAAGACGGGAACCCACACUGCGGGAAUGGGAACUUCCAGGAGCAGUACCAGUGAUACCCCUCCGGGGGUCAGAACUUUCCCUCCCCUAUCCCCCACAAACCUGGG